AUGUUUUAUAUUUUGUUUCAACAAGUGUACGAUACAGUGGUAUAAAAGAGGCAAAUAUUUUUGAUAUGAGACUAGAAACCUUUUGUCGGUGAUAAUGAUGAAGACAGUCUUUUUAGUUGCCUUCACGGCCAACGUUUUGUUAAUUGUAUCGAUUCAAGGAAAAUCGCACUCAGUAUCUGGAUCUGGAUCCGCUUCUUCGUCGUCUUCUACAUCGUCGACAUCGAAUUCAUCUUCUUCAAGCAGCAGUAGUAGUAGUAGUUCUUCUUCUACAGGAUCAAACAAUAACAGCAAUAGUGAUACAAAUUCAUGUGGAGGUGACCCCAAUGCAUUACCAGGUUGUGGUGUGAACUGUGGCAGACUCUGUUCAAACUAUAAAAUUGGCAACCAAGUCGCUUGUUCUGCCAUAUGCAACCUAAACGGAUGCGACUGUAAAGAGGGUUAUGUAUUAGAUACCGCAUGUGGCAAGUGUGUUUUGCCUGACCAAUGUUCUAAAAAUGAUGAUUAUUGUGGAGGUGAUCCUAACGCAAAACCAGGUUGUGGUAUCAACUGUGGGAGACUGUGCUCGAACUACAAAAACAAUACAGAUAUAGCGUGUAUAGAUCUAUGCAAGGUGGAUGGGUGUGACUGUAAACACGGCUAUGUACUCAACACCUAUACUGGUGUUUGUGUUUUACCUGACCAUUGUCCUGGCAAUGAAAACAAAUGCAACAAGCCGAACGAAGAGUAUGUACAAUGUCCAGGCUGUUCUCCCGGCACUUGUGAAAGUAUCGGUCAGUCUUACAGCUGCCCUGCCGAACCCGCAGAUCCAUCCCAAUGCACAGGAGCUUGCAGAUGUAAGCCUGGAUACUAUUACAACAAAAUUGGAGAAUGCAUCACAGAGGACCAAUGCUUACAAUGCAAUCGAACACACGAAUUUUACUCUUGCGGCUCGGCAUGUGAUAAUGUUUGUGCUGAUUUGGAUAAGCAAAACAGAACUAAUUGUCCCAUUAUAAAUAUCAAAUGCAAUGAGAAGUGCUACUGUGAAAAUGGAUAUGCCCGCGAUGAAAAUAACGUAUGUGUACCUAUUGAUCAGUGCAAGCCUGAACCAGAGUCAUGUAAUGGUGAUCCUAAUGCUAAACCAGGGUGUGGUGUAAAUUGUGGCCGACUCUGUUCCAAUUAUAAAAUUGGUGACCAAGUAACUUGUCCUGCCGUAUGUAACAUUGGUGGUUGUGAUUGCAAAGAGGGUUAUGUAUUUGACACUUCAUGUGGCAAGUGCGUUUUACCCGAUGAAUGCCCUUCAAGUCCAGACUAUUGUGCAGGAGAUCCUAAUGCAAAACCAGGUUGUGGGAUCAACUGUGGAAGACUGUGCUCAAACUAUAAAAACAGUACGGAUAUAUCGUGCAUAGACCUAUGCAAGGAAGAUGGGUGUGACUGUAAAGAUGGUUAUGUUCUCAACACAGACACUGGAAUUUGUGUUCGACCUGAAAAUUGUCCAGAAAAUGAAAACCAAUGUAACAAGCCAAAUGAGGAGUACGUGCAAUGCCCAAACUGCUCUCCAGGAACUUGUGAUAGUAUUGGUAAAGUGUAUCACUGCCCGCUCCAGCCAUCAGAUCCAUCCCAGUGCAAAGGAGCUUGCCGUUGUAAAUCUGGAUAUUUCUAUAACAAAAUUGGAGAAUGUAUCACAAAAAAUCAAUGUUUGCAGUGUAAAGGAAAGCACGAAUUCUUCUCAUGUGGACAAGAAUGUGAUAAUGAAUGUGCUACACUGGGUAAACAAAACAGAACUAACUGCCCCAUUAUAAAUAUCCAAUGUAACAAGAAGUGUUAUUGUGAAGAUGGCUAGCGUGAUGAAAAUAAUAUGUGUAUACCUGUUGAUCAAUGCAAACCUGAAACCGGGAAUUGCAAAGGUGAUCCAAAUGCAGUACCCGGCUGCGGUGUGAAUUGUGGCAGACUUUGUUCAAAUUAUAAAAUUGGCAACCAAAUAUCUUGUGCUGCCAUUUGCGACCCAGAUGGAUGUGAUUGCAAAAAGGGUUAUGUAUUGGACACGUCAUGCGGCAAGUGCGUUUUACCCGACAAAUGCUCCUCAAGUCCAGACUAUUGUGCAGGAGAUCCCAACGCAAAACCAGGUUGUGGGAUCAACUGUGGAAGACUGUGCUCAAACUAUAAAAACAGUACAGACAUAGCGUGCAUAGACCUAUGCAAGGAAGACGGGUGUGACUGUAAAGAAGGUUAUGUUCUCAACACCGACACCGGAAUUUGUGUUUUACCUGAACAUUGUCCUAGCAAUCAAUGCACUAAGCCCAACGAAGAAUACCAGGAAUGUGCGAACUGCUCCCCCGGAACCUGUGACAGUAUUGGCAAAAGCUAUAGUUGCCCGGCAAAAUGCGUAGGAGCAUGUCGUUGCAAACCUGGGUACUACUACAAUAAAAAUGGAGAUUGUAUUACAAAAGAGGAAUGCUGUGGUUGCAAAAUAAAUGAACGUUGUUCAGACUGUCCUGAAGCGGAAUGCGUGGCACAAACUUGCAAGGAUGUUGGAUUUCCCAUCAGUUGUCCAAGAUUUGACCCUGGUAGAUGCCCAAACAAGCCAGGCUGUGUUUGCAACUCUGGCUACUAUAGAAACUCUGAGGGUAUAUGUGUUCCUGGAGACCAAUGUUCUUCCUGUGGAGGGGAUUGCAACGCAAGGCCAGGCUGUGGCACGAACUGCGGCAGACUUUGUUCGGACUACAACCAGACCGGCAUCGGUUGUUCCGCUGCAUGCAGCACCAAUGGCUGCGACUGCAUCGACGGCUAUGUGUACGACUCCAACACUCGCAAAUGUGUCUUGCCUAGUCAAUGCACCAAGUCAUGCAAUAAUAAUGAAGUAUACUCAGAUUGCGCAAACGGGGGAUGUGAUAAAAGACUUUGCUCGCAAUUAGGACAACCCAAAAUUUGUAUUGAUCCCCUAAUAUGUGAAGGUGGAUGUGUUUGUCGUAAAGACUAUUUUAGAAAUUCCAAAGGGACCUGCGUACCCGAAGAUCAAUGUGAUGGUCCAAAAUGCGGAGUAAACGAAGUGUCGUCCAACUGCAUCGAAGGUGUCUGUAGGAUACAAGAUUGCUCUCAAAAGGGACAAGAGAUCGGGUGUGCUGCAGUUGAACCAGAAGUCUGUACCAAGGGCUGCCUUUGUGCCAAGGGAUACCUUAGAAAUUCAAACGGUACUUGCGUAGCCGAAGAUCAAUGUGAAGAGUGUCCUGAAGGCGAAGUUUACUCAAAAUGUCCGCCAACGCAAUGCGAUGCAGAGUACUGUCCAAAGUCACGAAACGAUCCGCUAACGUGUCCUACGCCCAAAAAGUGCACGAGACCAAGGUGCGUCUGUGGAUUCAACAGCCAUCGAGACCGGCUUACUGGAAAAUGCAUUCCGACUUCACAAUGUCCCGCAUUCCCCUGCGAAGGUAAAAAUGAAGUCUACGACUCCUGUCCCCCCCCGUGUCCAGGACAAAACUGCACAGAUUUUAUAAAUAAAACCACAUGUCCUAAAUUUAGGAUUGGCAUUGUAGUGCCAUGCAAACCCGCGUGUAGAUGUAAAAAGGACAACUACAGGAACUCUAAUGGAGAGUGUGUUUCCACUGACGAAUGCGAAUGUGAUACAUGAAAUAUUUGAAAUAAGGAUCCUUUUCUAUAUAUAAUAUAGGAUAACGCUACCUAUGUAUGUAUAAAAUACUGAGACUUCCAUUUUAUUAUAAAUAUCCACGAAAAUAUUAAAAUUAAAAAGCGGUUAUUUCCCAUUCUGUGGAUUAUAUUUUUAUUUAUAUAUGAAUUGUUGUUUAACUAAAUUACUAUGUUAAGGGGCUUAGUUGUUUAGUUUCCUCGCAAAAUUGACUGACAUUUUUUUAUUGUUACAAAAAGUUCAAAAAAAUACAUACCUAAAUCGGAAAUAUGUUUGAAAUGUGAGUUGUAUUUCAAAUUUAGGAUACAUAAGUUUCAAAUGAGUAGAACUAAUGAUUGUUCCCAAAAUGGAAAAAAGAAUAAUAUAAUAUUAUUGGUUACAAUGUUAUUUGACAUUAAUUGUAUUUUUACCAAAUCUUUCAAAAUAAGCAAAAUUUAAAUAAUCUAAGCUACAAUUUCCUGUUUAUUUAUUAAUAAAAGACUUUAUAAUGUU